AUGAAUUGGGGAAUUGAGCUUUGGGAUCAGUAUGAAAACUUAGCCGCCCAUACGCAUAAAGGAAUUGAUUUUUUAGACAAAUAUGGAACCUUCGUUAAAGAAAGAUGUGCUAUCGAAUUAGAAUAUGCAACGAAACUCAGGCGACUUGUCAAAAACUAUCAACCAAAAAGAAAAGAGGAAGAUGAAUACCAAUAUACACCUUGUAAAGCAUUUAAACAAUUACUUCAAGAGUUGACCGAUUUUGCGGGACAACGAGAGGUAGUUGCUGAAAAUUUGCAGUCAAAUGUAGUGAGAGAGUUGCAUCUACUCGCCAAAGAGUUGCGAGAAGAAAGAAAGCAACAUUUGAAUGAAGGUUCUAAACAAAUGGGAUUACUGCAGUCGUCGAUAGGUUCUCUAGAGCGAGCGAGAAGAGCAUACGAACGAGCAGCUCGGGAGUCAGAACGAGCUCUUGAGACCUUCCAAAAGGCAGACGCUGACCUUAAUCUGAGUCGAGCGGAGGUUGAAAAACAAAAAGCAAACAUGAAAAUUCGGAGUCAAGCCUGUGAGGACGCCAAAAAAGAGUAUAUGGAACAGUUGCGGAAAACAAAUGAAGCGCAGCGACAGCACUAUGAACAACGGCUGCCACAUGUAUUCAAACAGUUACAGGACCUAGACGAGAAACGAAUAAAAAAUAUAAAAAACUUUAUGUUGAGUUCGGUGGACGUGGAACGAAAGGUGUUUCCGAUUAUAAUGAAGUGUCUUGACGGUAUGGAACAGGCGGCGAAUAGUAUUAAUGAAAAAGAGGACACUAAAUUAGUAAUAGACAGGUAUAAAUCAGGUUUCGUUCCACCCGAGGACUUCCAAUUUGAGACGGCAUCAGGAGGUGAUACUACAGACUCUUCAACCACUCACCAUCAUACUCACAACCAUCUUACAGCGGCCAGAGGAACAGUUUCGGGAAACAAAAUCAAGAAACGAACAGGCUUACUCGCUAUCUUCAGUUCUAACAAGAAUAACAUGUCUACCGAUGGAAAGGAGGAUUACUCAGACUUGCCACCUAACCAAAAGAAGAAGAAACUUCAGGCAAAGGUUAUGGAGCUGAGCAAGCAGGUGGCACAAGAGCAAGCUGCAAUGGAAGGACUGAUGAAAAUGAAAGGAGUAUAUGAAACAAGCCCGGCGCUAGGAGACCCCAUGACUGUAGAAGGUCAGUUAAACGAGUGCUGUGACAAGCUAAAGAAACUUCGCGCGCAGUUGAACAAGUUCGAAGAGCUGUUGGCCGAGGCCAACAGUCAGAUUGGAGCGCCGCCGCUUCACACCGCCAGGACUAACGGACAACCACCGACGGGACAUACCCAGGCCACUAGCAUCGGCUCUAACAGCGAAUCUCUUUCGCGGUCAGCCUCCGAGUCGUCAGUGAGCACGGGCACGGGCACGGGCGGCGCGGUGGCGCGCGUGGCCGGCGGCAGUCCCGAGUCCGGGCUCGGCGGGGAGCUCGCCGCUGCGGGACACGACCACGCUAACGGACACGACCACGACCCUGACAAUGACCACGACAACGACCACGAAUCUGAUUUUGACUAUUAUUAUUGUGAGCCAGACUUGCAACCCGUUGGAUACUGCAAAGCGCUUUAUGCAUUUGAGGGGAUUGGCAGUGGGUCCACCAUGAAAAUGGAGUGCGGCGAACAGCUGCUGGUGCUGGAGACGGACGCGGGCGACGGCUGGACGCGCGUGCGCCGCAAGCGCACGCACGAGGAGGGGUUCGUGCCCACUACAUACAUCGCUACCACGCUCUACACCGAUGCGAAUUCACACUAG